AUGGAAAAAUACUACGCCGACCGUGGCUCCACGCCUGGUACUCUAGUUAUCGCAGAGGCCACAGCCAUCUCACACGCUGAAGAGGGCAAUUGGAACAAUCCCGGUUUGGUCAGCGAUCAACAAGUUGAGGGAUGGCGUAGGAUUAUUGAUGCAGUCCACGCCAACAAGUCGGUCUUUUUCCAGCAGAUCUGGGCUAUGGGACGAGCGUCUCUUCCUGAUGUGCUGGCAGUUCGAGGAUUUCCCUAUAGAUCGAGCAGUGCUGUGCCCAUGAGAAACUCCGACACUGCACCUCGCGCCAUGACAGAGGCAGAAAUUUUGGAGACGAUUCAGAGCUUUGUGGACACUUCGAAGCGGGCAGUGUUGGCCGGUGCGGAUGGUGUUGAGAUCCACUCUGCACAUGGGUACUUGCUUGAUCAGUUCCUCACAUCGAGUGUCAAUCAGCGUACCGAUAAAUGGGGAGGAUCUAUUGAGAAUAGAGCCCGACUUACGCUCGAGGUUGUCCGGGCUGUUGUUCAGGCUAUCGGUGCAGAGAAGGUGGCUAUUCGGUUCUCUCCCUAUGCCGGGUUUCAAGGCUCUGAAAAGACCGAUUACCUUGAACUAUACACGUAUCUCAUCAUGGAGCUCAAGAAGAUGAAUGUCAAAUUUGCCUACCUGUCUCUUGUGGAGGCAACUGGUGAUCCUGGGGCUUUGAUUUGGAACGACAAGGCGAUUCACCAGGACAAAUCAUUGAAUUUCAUUCUCGAGGAGUGGGAUAACCUGUCGCCUGUCAUUGUCGCUGGUGGUUACCAGCCAGAUACCGCUAUUUGGGCAGUGGAGGAGAAGUAUAAGAAGUGGGAUGUUAUGGUCGCUUUUGGUCGCCAUUUCAUUGCCAAUCCUGACUUGGUUUUCAGGGUUAAGCAGAACAUUCCUCUGGCAAAGUACAAUCGGCCGACUUUCUACAGCUUUAAAGCAUGGGAAGGCUACAAUGAUUAUCCGUUUAGCUCGGAAUUUUUGGAGGUACAUCCACAUGCUGUGCAUCCAAUGGUCAAGGAAUAG